AUGUCUGAAUCUCAAACUGAAACUGCUGCUAGUACACCUUUAGUUUCUUCAAUUGAGGACAUUCCAGCGGAGCUAGUAGAACGAAUCAAGGCUCGUAUAUUGGCCGAAGUCACUACUGAAUUAAGAGAUUCCAACAACGAAACAGAAUCAAAUUUUUCUGCAAGCGAAAGUGAUGAAGCUAUAAAGGAGAGCAAUGAACAUAAUUAUUUGGAGUUGAUCAAUGAAUCAGAAAGAAUAGAGAACCAGGACUCCGACUUGUCGCCUUCGAGCAUGGGUUACCAUACCAUUACCCCUAGUUUCAUUGACGUCAAUAAUCCUGCUGAUUAUGAAGUAGUUGAAGAUUUCGAUAGUUUUGCUAUUUGGUCAGAGCAUCAAAACCGGAAAUUGUUGUCAUUGUUCAAUGACCUCCCCGUGUAUGAACCAGAUAAUGGUGAAAUUGUGGUUGAAUGGAUUUCAGCUUUCAAUCGGUUUUUUGAAUCGUACAGUGGUAUCAAAAAAGCUGUUUUGGGCAGAGAAACGUUCAAUUUUGAAUCCGAGAAAGUCAAGGAUAUUCCAAGCACAGGCUAUUGGUUGAAAAAGUGUAUCGACUCCCUUGAUGAAAGAAUUGUAAGAUUUCUUCAAUCCAAAAAAGUGUCUGAGUAUCCUAUAUGUAAUCUGGAGAACGACAUCCGAUUGUCUAAAAUAUGGAACUGGCUUCAUCAUACUAGAGUCAAUUUCAGCAGAGUAUUUACUUCAAGAUUAAGUACCAUUGCUGGUUUUAUCUAUGGUCCAGGAUACAAGAAUAGGUUCAAUGACGAGAACAGAAAGUUUAUGAAGCAUUCUUUUGACCCGAUUAACAAGUUUCUCAUUAAACUUGAUCAUGUGACCAUAGGUAUGAAGUAUUAUUUUGCGGUAAAAGAGUCUGUUGGUGAUGUACUAUGUCUGGUACUUAACAAACACUUUCAAAUUUGGUUAGCAAGUGAUUAUCUUGGUACUCCAUCUCUUGACGAAAUCCUUCAAGAGUUCAGAGAGCAUCCUUCCUAUGAACCCAAAUUGAUUUCUCAAAGAGAGGCAGUUAAUUCAGUUUUUGCUAUUGUCAAAAGUGAUAGAAGCAAGAAACAGAUCAGAGCCGGUCGAUUAAGGACCGUCAAUUCUAGUGGUACACAAUUGGGAUCUCACCAUAUUAGUUUGGGGGCUACUUUGUCACGUAGAAGAUAUGCUGGUAAGAGUUUAAGAAGUUCAAGAUGGAAUAGAAGAGGCAGAAUUUGA